CAUUGCACCAGAGCACAUGCGCUGAGCGAGGAGGAGCUUUGCUUUUUUUUUUCUUCGCUUUUACUUUUUUUUCUGCAGCUCCAGCUCGACGCCAAUCAAAGCAUCAACUCCAAAAUUGUACGUGAGAGAAACGAGCCCGGGCACCCGGAGGGCCAGACACAUCAGUUGGAGCUCGAUUGCCCAUCUGAUCACAUCCUGACUGGGACUUUGUUGCAAGGAACGACAGAGAGAGAGAUAGAGGAGAGAAGCCGGAGGUUUAAAGGCGAGCUGCAGCUGCCUGGUUGUUGCACUUUUUUGUGACUUUCUCGGAGUGUGUGUGAUUGUGUGAGAGUGUGUUUUUGGAGGGGGAGUUGCUGGUGGUUUUUUGGGGGGGUUCUUGGUUCCCACGUUGGCCGUAAGGAUGUCGUUUCCCCAGCUGGGCUACCCGCAGUACCUGAGCGCCUCUCAGGCCGUGUACGGAGCGGAGAGGGCGGCCGUGUUAGCCCCGUCCUCCCGCGGAGGGAGCGGGGAGGCGGGCGCAGGCGCUCCCGUGGCCUCGGUGCUGGGCGUCUACGCGCACCCGUACGCGCACCCCAACUACGGAGCCUUCCUGCCCUACGCCAGCGCGGACCUGGCUCUCUUCUCUCAGAUGGGGUCUCAGUAUGACUUAAAGGACAGCCCUGGCGUGCACCCCGCCAGCUUUGCUGCCCACACGCCUCCAGCCUUCUACCCUUAUGGGCAGUUUCAGUAUGGUGACCCUGCUAGGCCCAAGAAUGCCACACGGGAGAGUACGAGCACGCUGAAGGCCUGGCUAAACGAGCACAGGAAGAACCCCUACCCCACCAAGGGCGAGAAGAUCAUGCUGGCCAUCAUCACCAAGAUGACCCUCACCCAGGUCUCCACGUGGUUCGCCAACGCCAGGAGGAGACUCAAGAAGGAGAACAAGGUGACGUGGGGUGCCAGGAGCAAAGAGGACGAGGAGGGCAACGUGUACGGCAGCGACAACGAAGGGGAGCACGAGAAGAACGAGGAUGAAGAGGAGAUCGACCUGGAGAGCAUAGAUAUCGACAAGAUCGACGAGAACGACGAGGGGGAGCAGAGCCACGACGACGAGGACGAGCAGGUGGACAAGGCCGAGAGGAAGAGGAGGGCUCUGGUCUUUGACCCCUCCAAGGGAACCCGCCAGGAGCUAAACAACAACAACAACAAUGACGACAACAACAACAGCAGUAGCAGUAGCAGCAGCAGCAACAGCACCAGGGUAUCCUCCCCGGGUGGACAGGGCAGUUUUCAACUUCAAGUGGGCAACAAACCCAAAAUCUGGUCUUUAGCGGAGACUGCCACGAGUCCGGACAGCUCGAGGAAGCCCGCGUCACCCUGCGGACCGACCAAUCAGGUGUCACCUCAAAUGCAGCACCCGGCCUUCCUCUCCAGCCACGGACUGUACACAUGCCAGAUUGGGAAAUUUCACAACUGGACAAACGGAGGGUUCCUGGGGCAGAACGCCCUCCUGAACGUCCGGUCCCUCCUGGGGGUCAAUCAGCACCACCACCAUAACCACCACGGCCAGCAGCAGCAGCAAGUGACUGCAACCGACGGAGAGAAGAGCCCAGAGGACCUCAGUCCAAAACACAUAGAUCGAGGAAUCGUUCUUAGAAACGAGUCACCAACACAGCAUCACACCAACACUUUGAAAUCAUCGUUUCGUCCACUUCAUGAGAGUCCCAGGAGGAAUGCGCAGGAAGUCUCUCUCUCGCUCUCUUCUGCUUGAUCAAGAUAUUUUUACGCUGGACACAGAGAAAAACAGAGACUGAUCUCACUUAUAAAAUCGCAAUGAAAAAUUUAAACCCGUUCAGAGUUUGAUUAGGACCCAAUGGAUGGAUGGCUGGAUGGAUUUUGCCCCUGUUGUUGUACAUAAAGGCCUCUGUGAUACCCCCACUCCCCACCCCUGGGACUGUUGGUAGGCUCUCCAUCGUCUUUCUGUCUUGGUGGGGUUUUGAAAUUUUCCCCCGCUUUUGUGUAAAUACAGUGACUCAGAUUUGUAAAUAGAGACUCGACGGAGUUUGUUCAGAUCAUAUAUUUUGUCUAAUAAACUAAAGAAAUUAUAGAGAAA